ACGUUAAACGAAAACAAAGCAGGGCGCCUUCAUCUUCUCUCCAGGGUUUCCUGUCCUGUUUUGCCUAUAAUCUAAGGCUAGGAAUUUGUUUUUAUCUCCAGAGUUAGAUUUAUGCCAUGCUUUACGACGAAAUACAAAUAAGGGAGACCGUCAAAUCUAAUGCCUCCUAAGAGCAAAGAUUGUCAAAGAGUUUAUCAGAGCGAAGUUAUUUUCUGUUAUGUUGAAAACGAGCUACAAGUUAUAGUUCAGUUUCAAACAGCGGUUAUAUAUGAGGAAUCGCGCAUAGAUUGUUACUUUUCUGUUUAUUUUCCGGAAAUUACUUUUUGGACGUGACAGUUGCAGUAUUAGGUCAUUCGUGCGCGCUCACCUUCCGUACCAUCUUUUUUAUAGAAAGGCAGUAUUUUUCAUCUCAGUUGGUUAUUUUUUGAUGGUGUUUGAAAUAAAUGAACAAAAUAACAACACCGGGCAUAGAAGAGAUUAAACCCAGGUUUUUAUUUUAAAAGCGAAAUCGGUGAAAUCGGAAAUGAACGGGUUUCAGUCCAGUCCAGCGGAUUGUCCGGCUGGAAGCGUCUGUUCUAUUGAAGGUUUGCCUCCGUUACCUAAAGGACUGAGCGGUAUCCUAAACUCGAGCGGAGGGUCCUGGAGGGACAUUGAGAAGGUCUACAGCAAGAGGACGCGCAUCCAGGCGGACAUCAGCAAGUCCAGAGUGAGCGACUGUCUUGGCCGCAGUAAACCCGCGAGCCUUGACGCAGCGCUGGCCGUGCUGCGCAAAGAGAUGGUUGGACUUCGACAGUUAGACAUGUCCUUGCUGUGCCAGUUGUGGUCUGUUUAUGAGUCCAUACAGGAAUACAAAGGAGCUUUCCAGGACAUUUCCUCCUCUUUGUGUGAGAGCUCCUUCAACACCGAAAAUGGUUAUUCUGAAGAUGAAGAGGAGGAAGAUGAAGAUGAAAGGGAGAGUGGGGAGACGCUGUUAUCACUUCCUCAGCCCACUCAAAACUCCCGUGACCAGUGGAUCAAAGACUCCUUCCACAUCCCCAUUUAAAUGAAGCAUGUGCUCUCUCAGCUACAGUAUGAAUCCCAUCUCCCAUGAUCCUCAUCAAUAUAAACUGUCAAACAUGACCCCAUUGUUUGAAGGAUUCUAUAAGCAUCAAAAUGAAACAAGGCCUUUAUUUUUGUAGGAUAUUAUUACAAUGGUGACUGCAAGUUUGUUUCAGGGGAACCAUGAAAAGCCGCUUUUUCACUGCCUGUAAAGUCAUAAAGACCGGAUGAGGACUGACAGGAAGAGGAUGUUGUAGCCAGAAACAGUGCGGUCUAGGAUGUUCAUUAUAUUAUGUAGAUUUGUCAAUGUAUUAUCACUUGCCAGAUACUUUUUUAAAAUUAUACAAUAGUAUUUUUUUCA